AUGUCGAGCAGAUACGCAUUCACAAAGGGCCUCAAGGAGGUGCGCUUCCUGUUCUGCCAGACGUCGGAGCAGAGCGCGGCCGUGCGAUCGUUCCUCACGCGCGCCUAUCCCACCAUGAAGAAGAAUAAUCCCCAGACCCCGAUUCUCAUCCGCGAGGCCCAAGGGACCCUGCCCAAGGUCUACGCGCGAUACGAGUUCGGUCACGAAAUGUCACAGUCGCUGGAGGGGCUGUCGGACAAGCAAAUCGAGGACGCUGUCACGGGGCUAGUCAAGAACACCGCGUAG